CAUUGGGCGAGGCCACUCUCCCUCAUUUGUGUUCUUUCCGAAACCGUAGGGGUGAUUAUAUCUUUGCUGCGUGUCUGUGUUCAAAAACAGAGAAAAUACUAUUUGGAUGUCGGCCGACUGCUUUAAGAAGUAUUUCGUCAUGCGAGUAUGAUGAUGUGUUACACGAGGAAAAAGACUUUAGAACAAAUUCGCCUGGUCAUAGUUAGCUACAGACAGGCCGAAUGUUUUUGCAAGAAGUGUUUCUGCCCGAUGCUUCUAUUUAUUCCUGCUUUUAGGUGUUCAUGUCCUAUCACGCACGAUAUGUUUUUUUGACGAGCUCGACAAAAUGUGACUGAACUAGAGGAAAAUACAAAUUCCCGAUUAGAUUCCCUUUGUGAUUCUUCAAUCUGAGUCCCUUCAAAUUUGUACUAGUGAGUAUACAUGAUCAAGAACUUAGAGCAUGAACUACUUGAACGACCACUACGACCGAUUAGGGGAAAGUGAAAGUGUAGCGCAUCAUCUGUAGUUUUUUCGUAGUUGUAGUGCAAGUUGUAGUUCAUGGAGGAAAGAGAUAGAAGUACUAGCUUGGAGCGCCCGACAACACCCCCUCGCGCUAGGAUUCCCCCCCUCCCGAAGUAACCCACGGAGCACUAAGAUUGCCCGAGAUUCAACCUCUUGGAUUUGAAUUGCUCAAAUCCGAAAGUUUUCGACUUUCGCGAGUUUUUCUGCAAUUCAAUUCUUUGGAAAGGAAUCCCCCAAAUCUAAAAACUUACGGCUUUAGCAAAUUUCUCUGGCAUGCAAUUUCUUGGAUUUGAGAACUCAAGCCCAAAAAUUUUCGACUUUAGCAAGCUUUUCGCAGAAACUUCUCGGGUUUGGAUUGCUCAGACCCGAACUCUUUCGACUUUGGCAAAACAUUUCGGAGCUUUUCUGAAACUCGAUCUCUUUCCUUAAAUCCAAAAGUUUUCGACUUUAACGAGUCUCGCCGAGAUUCAAUGUCUUGGGUUUGAAUUCCUCAAGUCAAAAACUUGCGACUUUGGCAAGCUUUUCCGCGAUUCAAUUUUUUGGGUGUCACUUUCUCAAAUCCAAAAGCUUGCGACUUUCACAAGCUUCGCAGAAAUUCAAUUUCUUGGAUUUCAAUUCCUCAAAUCCAAAAAUUUCCGACUUUAUCGAGCUUUUCUGAAAUUCAAGCUCUUGGCUUUGAAUUCCCAAACUCCGAAAGGUUUUGACUUUAGCAAGUUUUUCGGAGAUUCACUCUCUUGGAUUUGAAUUCCUCAAAUCCCAAAAUUUUUGAUUUUAACGAGCUUGGCCGAGAUUCAAUCUCUUGGAUUUGGUUCUAAGCUCAGAAGUUCGCGAGUUCAUGUGCAGUUCAAACGCGAAAGCGUGAGAGUUUGGGGCGUGGAAGUGGGAGAGUGAGAGUUUGGCGGUGUCGUUGUUGUUUCUUACUUUAGCUCUUUCAUAUUUGAAUCACGCAUAGCUUGAAAGCAGGAAAAAUGUCGAAGCGCGUGGAUGCAGUUGCGGGGGAUGGACAAGAGGACAAAAAAAAGGCAUGUCCCAUGUCGGGAAAAUACGGUCAGUGCCCAGGUACUCUUGAGUCUGAAAACCAUGCAUAAUUAUGCGAGGCUCUUUUUACACGGCAUAUGCAUCCACUCACAAUGUGAUUGAUUCUGCAGAGAGUCUUGAUUUCCUGCACAUUGAAAUUUGAACAACAUUGAUAACUGGGUAUAUCAUCAUCAACAACAGUUUCGGGCCUCCUCUCAUCAAAGCCAGAUGCAGAGGCAA